GCUGGGUUUACAGCCAGGCGGAGACCGCUGAGACCCAUUCCUCAGGAACAAGGGUCGGGUGUCAAGGAGACCUUUUCACACCAGCUCCCCGGUCCCCGCCUACGGUGGGUGGGAUCGCGCGCCAGAGACAAAGGAUAUCAGUAGGGCUCGGACAUAGCGGCGAAGGGAAGUGGGGUGUCCUUGUGGGGUAGCGGGGGGCUGGGGGCUGGGGGCAGUGCGGAGACCAGGGAGGGGGGCCUAUAUUUAAACUCCCGGAGCCGUUAAGUUGGUUCGCACUCCCGAUGCGCGCGCAGCCGGGGUGGUGGCGGAGUGCGCAUGCGUGGUUCCGAGGCGAGCGGAACGCGCGCCCGCCGUGCGCGCUCUCGGCGAAGUGGUAGUGUCGGCGGAGAGAAAGGGGGUCAGCGCACGCGCAGUUGGUUCCCUGGCUUGUCCGGGUCUCGCGGGCAUCUUGUUUUGGUCUCGCGGGCGAGUGGGGCGCGCUUGGUGUGUGGAGGGAAGGUGGGGGGCGCGCGAGGCAGAGCUGCGCGCGCACUCGGGGAAGAGGCGGAAGGGAGUGAGUGAAGGGGGGGUGUCUUAGGUUGCAGCGAGAGGGUUGAAGACUCCCCUACACACCUGGUCACCUCUCGGUACCCUCGCUUGGGACGGGGCAAUUACAAGGGGAGAAGAGAUGAUCGAGAUGGCGGCGGAGAAGGAGCCGUUUCUGGUGCCGGCCCCGCCGCCGCCGCUCAAAGAUGGAGGGGGCGGCCCCGAGGUGCGAGCGCACCGGGAGUCUCCGGCCCGGGAACCCCGCGACGGCACGGAACGCGGGCCCGGCCCACGCGCCCACUCGGCGGGCCCUGCAGCCAGCCAAGGGCCUGGGGAACCCCCGGGGCGAACAGCAGCUCCCGCGGACGUGGGGGAGGAGCGCCGGGGAGGGGGCGGGACGGACCUGGGUGCCCCUGCCCCUCCACGACCUCGCAAUGGCUACCAACCCCACCGACCCCCCGGAGGUGGCGGGGGUAAGAGGAGAAAUAGCUGUAACGUAGGGGGAGGAGGCGGUGGAAGCUUCAAACAUCCGGCCUUCAAGAGGCGCCGGCGGGUGAAUUCGGACUGUGACUCGGUGUUACCCUCCAACUUCCUCCUGGGGGGCAAUAUCUUUGAUCCACUGAACCUGAAUAGCCUCCUGGACGAGGAAGUGAGUCGCGCGCUCAAUGCGGAGACCCCAAAGUCAUCCCCACUUCCGGCCAAGGGGCGGGACCCCGUGGAGAUCCUCAUCCCCAAAGAUAUCACUGACCCGCUCAGUCUCAAUACUUGCACUGAUGAGGCCCAUGUAGUUCUGGCCUCGCCACUCAAGAUUGGUCGCAAGCGCCAUAGACACCGGGGACCGCACCACCAGCAGCAGCAGGCGUCCGGAGGGAGCGAUAGCCACUCAGUGCUGCCCACGGACCCUCCCGCUCCCUCACUCCAAGGGGAGGGCGCCACGCAACAGCGGCACAAGGGACCGAACCGCGACGCCCCGCAACCCUAUGAACUCAAUACAGCCAUCAACUGCAGGGAUGAAGUCGUGUCCCCCCUUCCAUCUGCCCUGCAGGGUCCCUCAGGCUCCCUUUCAGCCCCUCCAGCUGCCUCAGUUACCUCGGCACCCUCGUCUUCCUCCUCCCGACAUCGCAAACGUCGCAGGACUUCCAGCAAGUCAGAGGCAGGGGCUAGGGGUGGAGGCCAGGGUCCCAAGGAAAAGGGCCGAGGGAGUGGGGGAGGCCGCCACCACCACCCACUACCUGCAACUGGCUUCAAAAAGCAACAACUCAAGUUCCAGUAUGGGAAUUACUGCAAGUACUAUGGCUAUCGCAAUCCGUCCUGCGAGGAUGUGCGCCUUAGGGUGUUGAAGCCUGAGUGGUUUCGAGGUCGGGACGUUCUAGACCUGGGCUGCAAUGUUGGCCAUCUGACCCUGAGUAUUGCCUGCAAGUGGGGUCCAUCCCGCAUGGUGGGGCUGGACAUCGACCCCCGACUCAUCCACUCAGCCCGUCAGAAUAUUCGACACUACCUGUCCGAGGAUCUGCGUCUCCAAUCCCAGACUUCUGAAGAGGACCCAGGUAAAGAAGGGGAGGAAGGGACUACCACUGUCCGAAAAAGAAGCUGCUUCCCAGCCUCGCUGACAGCCAGCCGGGGUCCCAUCGCUGCACCCCAAGUGCCGUUGGAUGGAGCAGACACAUCUGUCUUCCCCAACAAUGUUGUCUUCGUCACGGGUAACUAUGUUCUGGAUCGGGAUGAGCUGGUGGACGCCCAAAGAGCUGAAUAUGAUGUGGUGCUCUGCCUCAGCCUCACAAAGUGGGUGCACCUCAACUGGGGCGACGAGGGGCUGAAACGCAUGUUCCGCAGGAUCUACCGGCACCUGCGCCCUGGGGGCAUCUUGGUCCUGGAGCCCCAACCAUGGUCCUCAUACUGCAGGAGAAAGUCUCUCACGGAAACAAUCUAUAAGAACUACUUUCGAAUCCAGCUAAAGCCAGAACAGUUCAGUUCCUACCUGACAUCCCCAGAGGUGGGCUUCUCUAGCUAUGAGCUUGUAGCCACACCUAGUAACGCUGCCAGAGGCUUCCAGCGUCCUGUGUACCUGUUCCACAAGGCCCAUUCCCCCAGCCACUAAGUGGCCCCCUGAACAGAAGGCGUGAAGAGGCCAUCCAUCCUUGCUGCUCCUGAGGACCUGGGAGGAGAGGAGAUUAUCCUAAGGUCUUUCCUGUGUAACUCCAAAAAGUUUCCUUUCUUGGAUCUGCAAAGAAAGCUUUUCUUAAGUUGCUGCCCUAGUCUCCUCCCUGACACCUCUGGCACCUGAGUAAGCCCAGCUGUGCUGGAAUUACAUCAGCUUCCUCUUCCCAGCCUACUGGGCUGGGUGGCAUGGACUGUUUGCUGACCUCUCUCAUCCUAAGGCAUGGGAACUGGGAAAUGUCAAAUUCUCUAGGCCUUUCCUCCUGUUCUCCAAAGGAGAGUCCUGCUUAUCAGCCUUUGUUUCUAGCCACACUUAAGUGGACCAUGGAUGGACUAAGGAUUAGAGGGGGAAUUUGGAAAAGAGACAUGUGAAAAUCCUGCUGUCCCCUGUGGGAGAGGGGCUGGGUUUGGAAAGUGAGAACAGCACAAUAAACUUGAUACCUAGGGCAGUGGCCCCUGCA